AAUUUGGACUAGCCAAAAAUGCAAAUCAUCCGUAGUUUUCCUCAAUAAAUAGACACUGAGACUCUCCUAUAUCUUCUCAACCCCACUAAAAACUAAAUCCCACCAUGGCCAUUUCCUCCUCUUCUUGGGCGCUUCUCUUCUUUCUUGCUAUUCUUCUCAGCCAUGGCGUUUUCAAGCUUGAAGCUUCCCAUAAUGUUUACACAAACCUUCAAGUUUCUGAAUCCGUCCCUGCAGAACAGCCUUACAGAACUUCUUACCACUUUCAACCCCCCAAAAACUGGAUAAAUGAUCCCAACGGACCAAUGAUAUACAAGGGACUUUACCACCUAUUCUACCAAUAUAACCUUAAAGGUGCUGUGUGGGGGAACAUAGUGUGGGCCCACUCAACAUCCACUGAUCUUGUGAACUGGACCCCACAUGACCCAGCCAUCUACCCAUCACAGCCGUCCGACAUCAAUGGCUGUUGGUCCGGUUCUACAACCAUUCUCCCCAAUGGUAAGCCAGUCAUUUUCUACACCGGAAUAGACCCACAAAACCGCCAGGUCCAAAACCUGGCCAUGCCCAAAAACCUUUCAGACCCAUUCCUUAGGGAAUGGGUUAAGUUGACCAAAAACCCCUUAAUGGCGCCAGCCCAAACGAAUCGUAUCAAUUCCAGCUCUUUUAGGGACCCCACCACUGCCUGGCGGGGCCCAGACAAUAGGUGGCGAAUUAUCAUUGGGAGCAAAAGGGACCGUAGAGGACUUGCUAUCCUCUACAGGAGUAGGGAUUUCCUUAACUGGGUUAAGGCCCAACACCCGCUGCAUUCUGCCAAGGGCAAUGGCAUGUGGGAAUGCCCGGAUUUCUUCCCCGUGGCUGUGGAUAGCCCGAUCGGGGUCGACACGUCGGUGAUUGGAAACAAGGUUAAGCACGUCCUUAAGGUCAGCUUAGAUGACACCAAACACGAGUAUUACACAAUUGGGACGUAUGCCAUUAAGAAGGAUAAAUAUAUCCCGGAUGAAGGGUCAGUGGAGAGUGAUGCCGGAUUGAGGUAUGAUUAUGGCAAGUUUUACGCGUCCAAGACAUUUUUUGAUAGUGUCAAGAGGAGAAGGAUUUUGUGGGGUUGGAUUAAUGAAUCUUCAAGUGUUAAUGAUGAUAUCAAUAAAGGUUGGGCUGGAGUUCAGGCAAUUCCAAGGACCCUUUUGCUUGAUAAAUCCGGAAAGCAGUUGAUCCAAUGGCCAGUACCAGAAAUUGAAAAACUAAGAAUAAACCAAGUCAACUUUUCCAAUAAACUACUCAAGGGUGGAUCAGUACUUAAAGUUCCCAAAGUUACAGCAACACAGGCAGAUGUAGAGAUUUCAUUCAAGAUUUCUGGGCUUGAGAAAGCAGAAGUGUUGGAUCCUACUUGGACAAACCCACAAAUUUUGUGUAGCCAAAAGGGUGCCUCAGUUAAGAGCAGUUUAGGGCCAUUUGGGUUAUUGGUUUUGGCUUCAAAUGGCUUGAAAGAGUACACGGCAGUGUUCUUCAGAAUUUUCAAAGGUCACAACAAAUAUGUGGUGCUCUUGUGCAGUGACCAAAGCAGGUCCUCCCUAAAACAAGAUAAUGACAAGACCACUUAUGGUGUUUUUCUGAAUGUCGACCUUGUUCAUGAGACGCUGUCUCUAAGGAGUUUGAUUGAUCACUCCAUAGUGGAGAGCUUUGGUGGGAAAGGAAAAGCUUGCAUCACAGCUAGAGUUUAUCCUACAUUGGCUAUUGGUGAUGGGGCAUAUUUGUUUGCUUUCAAUAAUGGAACUCAAGAUGUUGAGAUUGCAAAUUUGAAUGCUUGGAGUAUGAAGAAAGCAAAGAUCAACUGAAGAAAAGGAAAGAGAUAAGUGGGGAAGGAGAGGCAGGCCAAAAGAGCAAGGAAUAAAAGAGGAACAAGUUUCUCGGAUUAGGAUCUAGUCAUUUGACACAGAGAAUCAUUACCAUGUUAGAUUUGGUUCCACUUAAUCAUUAUAUCCAUUGGCUUGACUUUUUGAAAUUUGCAUACCUGUAGUUUUU